AAUACCUCAUAUAUAUAUAUAUAUAUAUAGUAUCAUCAAUCUCCUACCCUUAUAUAUGUAUCUCAUUCGAAAUGGAUGGAAUUACCAAAACCCAUGAAAGUACUGAUCAAAUGUUAUCUUCAAAGAGGUCCUUUCUGAAUGGCAAAGUUGCAGUUAUAACCGGGGGAGCUAGAGGAAUAGGAGCUGAAACAGCAAAGCUUCUAGCCGGAAACGGCGUCGAUGUAAUCAUCGCCGACAUACUGGACGAGCUGGGGGCACCGCUGGCCGAAUCAAUCGGCGGGCGAUACGUCCACUGUGACGUUUCGAAGGAAUCCGACGUGGAAUCGGCGGUGAAACUGGCAGUGGAAUGGAGAGGCAAGCUAGACAUCAUGUUCAACAACGCCGGAAUCGCCGGCCCGGGCGGCAGCAUCGCGGACCUGAAAAUGGACCAAUUGGCGAGCCUGGUGGCGAUAAACCUCAACGGCGUGGUUCACGGGAUCAAACACGCGGCCCGGGCCAUGAUCGCGGGCGGGAAAGGCGGAGCCAUCAUAUGCUCGUCGAGCUCGGCGGCCAUCAUGGGCGGCUUGGCGUCGCACUCGUACUCGCUCUCGAAAUCGGCGAUCCUGGGGCUGGUGAGGAGCGCGGCGUGCGAGCUAGGUCAGCACGGGAUUCGGGUCAACUGCGUUUCGCCUCAUGGCGUCCCGUCGGAGAUGCUUGUGAGCGCGUACCGGAUGAUUCUGGGGAAGACGGACGUGAUGGCGGACGAAGUGGGAAAGAUCGUGGGGGAACGAGGGAGCCUUUUGCGGGGGAGAGGCGGAAGGAUGGAAGAUGUAGCGCAGGCGGUGUUGUUUCUGGCUAGUGAAGAUUCUGGAUUCGUUACGGGGCACAAUCUUAUAUUAGAUGGGGGUUAUACUUCAGCUGUUAGUCAAAUGAGCUUCAUAUACCAAGACUAAACAAACAUUUAAAGUAACUA